AGCAGUGUGGUUCACAGCCAUCUAGUGAGCCAUGGUAGCAAGUUCGUUUGCAAAUGCAACCAACUUGGAUGUGCUGGAGUCAAAGACCUCUGCAGAUGUGAAUAGAGAAGAGGAGGUCUAUGCUGUGAAGGAAUCCCCACCCGGGCAGGCCAGCUAUUCGCUGCAAAGUUACGAGGACCUUUUUCCAGGGUUUCCUCUGCCAGCGGAUCAACCUGGGCAGCCUGGGUUUGCAGAGGAUGCUCCUCCUGAACUGAUUCGAGCCAUGAAAACAAACGAUGGCGAAACCAGCGUCCUUUGUGGAGCAUCCCUGGGAGACAAUCGAAUCAGCUGCGGAGUACACUUGUUUGACGACCCUAAAAGUGGUGCUCCAUAUGUUGUGCCCCUUCAAGACACGGGUCGAGCAUUGAAGGCGGUGAUUCCUCAGGAAGUUGGAGGUGCCGAGGAUAUGGCUGAGGACACAGGUGAGUCCAUAACUUCCCUCCAAUCCUCAGGAGCCUUCUCGCUGUUUGUACCCGGUGGGCCUCAAGGCAAAGAGACGACUUCAGAGUCCGGUCAGAAGAUGGUCGAAGGUUCAUGGACCGGAGGAACAUUUGAAAGGCUUUCCUCUUUCUUUAAGGGGGAGUUUGUCCGGGAUUGUCAGCAAAAAGCUUUUUGCUGAGUCAUUGAGUGUAAAAGCUUCAGUCUCCCAUAAUUGUGAGAGGCAGCGCGCCUGUGCAUUUCUGAGUGCAGCAGGAACAUAAAAAAGAUGGCACGUUUUUUGAGUUGCUU